AUGCAGUUAGAUAUGGAAUCAAGGGAAGAACAACCAUCGCAAGCACAAUCUCAAGCUCAAUCCCAUUCUUCGGUUCAAUCAAAUGUACGAACAAAGAUGGAUAUAGCAUGGGAACAUGUUACUCAAGUCGUUGAUGAGAAGGGGAAAAAGGCAUGGAUAUGUAACUUUUGUCAAAAAGUUAUAGGUGGUGGUGGAAUAAACAGGGUUAAGAAACAUCUUGCUGGUAUUAAAGGUGAGGUAGUAGCAUGCCCAAAAGUUAGUCUAGAAGUGCGGUUUACAAUGCAAGGAAAGUUGAAAGAGACUGCCCAAAAAGAAAAAGAAAAACGCACCACUAGUGUUACUAUCUUGGAUGAUGAUGAAGAGAUGGAGGAAAUAAAAAUGUCAACUGCGAAAAAGGGUAAAAGGAAAUCUACUUCAAACUUGCAACCAUUUUUUACAAAAGGUAUAAAUGAUCCUUCCCAACCCACUAUUAAAUCUGCAAUGCAAAGUAAGGCAAAAAUACAUGAUGUGGAUUUAGCUAUUACUAUGUGGUUUUAUGAUGCAUGUAUACCUAUGAAUGCUUGCAACUCUCCUUUUUUUCAACUUAUGGUAGAUAAAAUAGCAAGUAUUGGUUAUGGGUACAAAGCACCUAAUUAUCAUGCUCUGAGAGUUAAUUUAUUGACAGAUGCAAAAAAGUCAGUUUCAUUGAUAAUUGAUUCGUUAAGAAGUCAAUGGGUUGAUACAGGUUGCACAAUUAUAAGUGAUGCUGAAGGUACCUUUGGUAGAUCUGGUGCCAUUGCUUCUCGUAAUCUUACUCGUCCAGAUGAGUGGUGGAAGUUAUUUGGCGGAGAUAUUUCGGUUUUGAAAAAGUUUGCUAUUAGAAUAUUAAGUCAAACGGCAUCUUCUUCCGGUUGCGAACGUAACUGGAGUGUAUUUGAAAGGAUUCACACGAAAUGGAGGAAUAGAUUGGAACAUCAAAGGCUAAAUGAUCUUGUAUUUGUUCAUUACAACUUGCGUUUACAAAAUAGAUUGAAGGUUGAUAUGAGGUCUUACGAUCCUGUUGACUAUGAAAAUAUUGAUAAGACGAGAUUUUGGGUGGUUGAAGAAGAGCGGGAAGGAGAACUUAAUUAUGAUGAUUUGGAAAAUAUGCUUGAUGAGCAAGAGCAUGAACCGGAUUCUGAAUCACAAGGUGACCAUGUUGAUCAUGAAGUUGAUAGUGAAUUUCAGUUACUAAGUGACCGCGAGAUCAAUGCUUAUAAUACUCCAAUUUCUCAAGAUCCAUGA